AUGGAGUCACAAGAUGAUUUGACCCCAACCUUUUGUAUUGGACAACAUGAAACUCGGCGCACUGUGCCAGUAUCGCCUCAACUAGUCCAGUUGGCGCAAGAGGGUAAUUAUGAUCUACUCACAACCCCCAUCACGACUCCUCUUUUCCAUUCCCGCGUCCUUACGCUGCUUUCUACCCACCUAUCUGACUCGCGCCCACCUGCUCUCGACGCGACUUUAACUUUGGGAACGUCACAUAAUACUAGUCCUGUGACGGUCCCGCCACUUUCACCUGAAGAUACUUUCUUGACGCCAAAUGAGUCCACAAGCCAGCUGGUUGGUGUCACUAGUCCUUGGAUAGAUCUUUGUUCUCCAGAUCCUUUGAUAGCAGACAUAUCUCGCCAAGUAUUGAACCUGGAGAUCGCCUACACUGCGUUUUGCGGCGUCAGUUUCGUUAUCAUCCCAGGCCCAAGAUUACACCAUGGAAAUGUGCACGGGGAAGGUCUGAUGUAUUAUGCUCGCGCAGUUCAGGAUAUUUUGAAUAUCGGGCUUUAUAUCCAAGUGCAUAUCUGGUUUGGUAUGGUAGAUAUCCCGGAUCUGGAAACUAACAAUGUUGGUGACCUCGCCCCCUUUGCUAGAGCGGAUUAUCUUAUCGUAGGAAACUACUCACCCACCAAGGUGGACUUAUUUGGUACUUGGGAAGCUUGGGACGUUAUCAGAAAAGUAUGUAAAUAUCAUUCGAGACUUUUCGUAGCUUUAUCGAUCCCAAAACACCUUCCGCCCAUGUCUGUACAGACACGAUGGCAUGCUGAACCAGUCCAUAUCCUCACAAUCGCAGGGUCGUCAUUCAUCAAGAACCAGAAAGGGUUUCCCGUUUUGCCCAAGGCGCACCAGGCCAUGAUUGCUCACAUGAUGCGGCUCCGCACCCCACCGUGGAUUAUUCUUUGCGAUGUUGGCCCGAUUCCCGGGCUUGAGGUUGGUCAAUCGGGCUCUGAGACGGAUUCGACCCCCAGAAUCAGCCCCCGAAUCGAAGCUGAGGAAGCCGAUCCUACCCCCGCGGAAGCGCACCGGCAUUUCAGAUCUGGGUCUAAUAAAAAGAAUUUUGACCCAACCCCUCACCUGUCCUAUAUGAGAAAUCUCCAGCAGAAACAGCCUACUCGGACUCCUAUGGAGCGAUUUGGAGUUGGAUAUCAAGAUUAUUUACAGGCUCCACUCCAGCCCCUUACCGUUAACUUGGAAAGCAUAACUUACGAGGUGUUCGAGAAAGAUCCUAUUAAGUACGAAUGGUAUGAGCGUGCAAUUGCCAAGGCUUUGAAAGACUGGGCGGAACAGGGAAAGCCAACUUGCCAUCCAGAAGGCCAUGUGGUGCUUGCUGUAGUUGGUGCUGGACGAGGUCCCUUGGUCACCCGAGCUAUUCGCGCGAGUGUUGAAACUGGCGUGGCCAUUGAAGUUUGGGUUGUGGAGAAAAACCCUAACGCCUUCGUUCUGUUACAACGGCAUAACGAGGGUUUGUGGGGUGGCUGUGUGAACUUGGUGAAAUCAGAUAUGCGCAGUUGGAAAGGCCCGCACCGUUUGGCUCCUGAGUCUGGAGAUUCCGACGAGCCACCCAACAUUAUCCACACGCCAAUAGAUAUAUUAGUUUCAGAGUUACUGGGGUCAUUUGGAGACAACGAACUAUCUCCUGAAUGCUUGGAUGGCGUCACUCACCUGCUCAACCCUGUCCAUGGGAUUUCAAUCCCAGCCUCAUACUCUGCACACCUUUCCCCAAUUUCCUCUCCACGCCUCCAUGCGGACAUAGCCAAUCAAUCAAUCACCAACCCAGCUGCGCCAGAAACACCUUACGUCGUUAUGCUACACGCGUUUGAUUUCCUCUCCACCCUCCAACAGCCUGUAGAACCCAAGAGUGCCAGCGCCAACAAGCCGACAAGCGGGGGAGGAGGAGGAGGAGGAGGAGGAGGCCAGAGUACUCAGGGCGGUGGAAACACCGCGCUGCCGCGCGCCAGUGAAUCCCCAACACCAAUAAUAAAAUCAGCGUGGUCAUUCUCGCACCCCAACAUCAACGCGCCGCCGCCUUCCCCAGUUUCAUCCACAAUCUCCAACGCGCACAACGUCCGACGAACCAGGUUAGCGUUCCCCUGUCGAGAACGGGGCACUUGCCAUGGCCUCGCCGGCUAUUUCGAGACUGUCCUGUAUGAUGAUGUUGAGCUAUCGACGAAUCCAGUGACAAUGGAUGCCAAGAGUGCCGGCAUGAUAAGCUGGUUCCCGAUAUACUUUCCGCUCAAGACCCCCCUCACCGUCCCCGCCAACUCCGAAAUCGUCGUAACCAUGUACCGCCAAACCGACAACCGAAAAGUUUGGUACGAAUGGAUCGUCGAGGUAUUCGCGCGCGAUACAUCGUCGCCGCUACCAGCAGCGACAACCAGCAGCGCAUCGUCGCAGCCGCAGCAACCUUCCCCUUCCCCUUCCACUUCCUCUUCCUUACCACUACCAUCACCAUCACCAACGUCGCCGCCAGCCAGAGCUGAGAAAGGCACCGAUGUCGACAAGGACAAAGCGGCCGGGGACUUCAGGAGAGUGCGUGUCGCGAUGAGUGAGCUGCAUUCUAGUAUCAAGGAUGGGUGCUUGAUGUAA